GUGUGCAGUAUACAAUCAACGCUCAAAAAAUUCCCAAAGAUCUACACAGCCUCCUCCAUGAACCCCAUCCAUCUACCAGCAACAAGAUGACAAAAAGUUUCUCCGAUAAGCAGCUUAUCGAUAAGCCAGAUGGUUCCUAUUACCAUCACUGUCACGCAAAGCGGAUGCAUAAAACGGUGUACAAGCCAACACAUCUAUCUCUACUGGCUUCUUUCUACACGGGAUAGAUUAAUUCCAAAGGAAAGUGGGAGAAACGGGCAAGAGUCAAAGAUCUCCCUCGUACUCAAUCAAGUAAGUCAGUGUCGGUGUCGGUGUCGGUGUCGGUAGGUGUCUAGACUACAGUAGCAUUUCACUUCACAUGUCAAUGUGUUACACUUACCUUCUUGUCCUACGACAUCGGGGAAACUACUUUUUGCUUACGAUAUUCAUGAACCAUCGUAUCUAUCCACCCACUAUGUCAAGAAUCCAUGAAUUGAACUUUGUCCUUGGAAAUACCGCCUUUUUACCCCUCGAUUCUUGUUCCUCUCGAGUUUUUGCAGACCGUUGAUCCCCCUAUCUGUCUAUCUGUCAUCUGAUAUACUCCAAUAUCUACCAAGUGAUAAUCUCAAAUCGAUUUCACAAAUAUACCAAAUACCAAUAAUAUCUAAUAGCAAGGUCUUUGGUGCAUAAUAGUAAGUGAUCAUAUCAUCCAUCCAUUUCCGCUGCGCAAAGAGUCUUACCUUUGACGCUUUCAAGAACUUGUCGCACGCGACUCUUUGUGUUCAAUGUUUUAGCUCUAUUCACUUAACUUCUUCAUUCCCCCUCCUGUUCGCCUUCAUGACAUUUAUGAAAUUCCAUUUCUCUAAUAUCAAUUUUCAGAUAAUAGUCAAUAAUACUACGUGGAAGCUCAAUACACCGUACACCUAGCUGGCAACUCAGAUCUUACAUGUGAAAAACUACAUUAUAUGAAAAAUAGCUCGCGGGUCAAGCAUCACAAAUAUGUCAAACGAUCGUCUUACUUUUCCAACUUAUCUCCUCCCUUCAUUCGCAUUCCCCUUUCGUCGUCGCAAACACUCCUCUUCUACUCCUACUUCCAGCGCCGCGCCAUCAGUCAAUACAAAUACGCGCAGUUCGAUUCCAGGUUCAAGCUACUCACCUGCAAGUAGUUAUAGCAAUACCCCCGCCGCAUCCCCUACAUCCGAAACUUUUCUUGAGCGCACAAUCUCUUCCUCUUCCGCCGGGGCCGAGAAUGAAAUCAGGAAUAAUGAAUCAACCUACUCCCCUCAAACUCUUACCUCGCCCACAUCUCCUCAAUCCCAUCUCACUCGUGCCCACCCCUCUACAAUUCGCUGUCUAACCUGCUCUACCCAUCUCUCCUACGCUUCGCAAGUCGUCUCUAAAGGUUUCACUGGGCGCCACGGACGCGCCUAUCUCGUCGCACCGCCUCCAUCCGUCCCGGUUCCAGUAAUUCCCCCUUUUCCCCCCACCGCACACGACCGCUCAAAAAACCUCGCAAAUAUACGAGUCGGAAGACCUGUCAAUAGAGAACUCUUAACAGGUCAUCAUGUAGUCGCAGAUGUGAAUUGUAUGGUUUGUAACACAUUACUUGGGUGGAAAUAUGUGGAUGCCAGAGAACUAGGCCAAAAAUACAAAAUCGGAAAAUUCAUCUUGGAGACGAAGAGAUGUGGAAUUUUUAAUACGUAUGAAGAUGAUGAUACGACACCGCAUUCCUUGGAGUAUAGUUGUGAGGAUGAGGAUGUGAAGGAUGAGAUGGUGAUUGAGAUGACUGGGAAAUUGGGAAAUUGGAAUAAUGGAGGCAAGGGAGAAAAUGGUAGGAUUGGUAAAGAUGGAGAAUUAGCAGCAGUACAAGAACAAAGGAAGAAGAAGAGGUAAAGGAUGGGGUAAUUUGAUUCAGAGGGAUGAUGAAUGGAGGAACUUUUGAGGGAUUUGGGAUGGAGAUUGCAGAAAGGAGGAUUAGGAGGGUGGAUAGGAGGAAGAGGAAAUGGAGGGAAGGGUGGAUAGUGAGG